AUGGGGACUUUGAGGGCGAUUCUGAAGCACCCAGAUGAUGUUUACCCGCUAUUGAAGCUCAAAAUGGCGGCGAGGAGCGCCGAGAAGCAGAUCCCGCCGCAGCCUCAUUGGGGAUUCUGUUACACAAUGCUUCACAAGGUGUCUCGUAGCUUUGCUCUUGUGAUUCAGCAGCUGGGAACCGAGCUCCGUGACGCUGUAUGCAUCUUCUACUUGGUUCUUCGAGCCCUUGACACAGUUGAGGAUGAUACAAGCAUAGCUACAGAAAUAAAGGUGCCUAUUCUGAAUGCUUUUCACCGUCACAUAUAUGACAAGGAGUGGCACUUUUCAUGUGGUACGAAGGAGUAUAAAGUUCUGAUGGACGAGUUUCACCAUGUUUCAACUGCGUUCCUAGAGCUGGGAAAAGGCUAUCAGGAGGCGAUUGAGGAUAUCACCCAAAGAAUGGGUGCUGGAAUGGCAAAAUUUAUCUGCAAAGAGGUGGAAACAGUUGAUGACUACGAUGAGUAUUGCCACUAUGUAGCAGGACUUGUGGGACUAGGACUGUCAAAGCUUUUCCAUGCUUCAGGAAAGGAAGAUUUACAACCAGACAGCCUCUCUAAUUCAAUGGGAUUAUUUCUUCAGAAAACGAACAUCAUUCGAGAUUAUUUGGAAGAUAUAAAUGAGAUACCUAAGUCGCGCAUGUUUUGGCCUCGUGAGAUCUGGAGCAAGUAUGUUGACAAACUUGAGGACUUGAAGAACGAAGAAAAUUCAGUGAAGGCAGUGCAAUGUUUGAAUGAUAUGGUCACUAAUGCAUUGAUACAUAUGGAUGACUGUGUGAAGUACAUGUCUGAUCUUAGAGAUCCUGCUAUAUUUCGGUUUUGUGCCAUUCCUCAGAUAAUGGCAAUUGGAACUCUGGCAAUGUGCUAUAACAACAUCGAAGUUUUCAGAGGAGUUGUGAAGAUGAGGCGUGGUCUUACUGCUAAAAUUAUUAAUGGCACAAAAACCAUGGCUGAUGUUUAUGGGGCUUUCUAUGACUUCUCUUGUAUGCUGAAGUCUAAGGUUGACAAGAGUGAUCCAAAUGCAUCAACAACAUUAAGCAGAUUGGAAGCUAUCCAAAAGACCUGCCGAGAAUCUGGAUCUCUCACCAAAAGGAACUCUUACAUUCUGGAGAGCAAGAAGCAGCACAAUCUCUUCCUGACUGUUGUGCUUAUCAUUAUCCUAGCCAUCAUCUUCGCUCGUCUGACCGGCACCAACCCAGCCAACUAG